UUAGUUAAUCUCCCGUUGGACAGGGCGCGAUGGAACUGGAGCUGGGCGGAGAGGGCGUCGGCCGAUCGGAACUGCUCCGCCUGUGUCAAGAGACGGUCAAGUGGAGCGUGAAGACCUGCUCUCCCUACUUCCGCAAUCAGCUCUACGGCGGAGUGGACGAGGUCGGACUCGCCGGGAGCUGGCUCACCGAUGCUCUCAACACCAACCAGCAUACGUACGAGGUGGCCCCCGUGUUCAUAUUGGCGGAAAAGGCCCUGUUCGCGAAAGUCCUGCGACUCCUACCCUCGUGGCUCUCAGGCGAUGGAAUCACCUGUCCAGGUGGAAGCAUGGCGAACAUGUACGGGAUGGUGCUGGCCCGAUACAAGAAGUUCCCCCAGGUGAAGGACAAGGGUCUCUCCGCCCUGCCCCCGCUCGUCGCUUUCACCUCCACCGACAGCCAUUAUUCGAUCCUGAAGGCGGCUCACUGGCUGGGACUGGGGACGGAGAACGUGGUGAAGGUGAAGACGGACCCUAAGGGUCGGAUGCUACCCGAAGCCCUGGAAGAAUCCAUAUUGGCGGCGGAGAAGGAAGGCCGGGUCCCGUUUUUCGUCAAUGCCACCGCCGGAACCACCGUGUUGGGUGCCUUCGAUCCGCUUCGCCCCAUCGCUCGCAUCUGCAAGAAAUACGGACUCUGGCUUCAUGUCGAUGUCUGUUCAGCCAUUACUAUCGGUCUACUGCAUCACUGCAACUCGGCCUCGGCGACGUAUCUGUUCCAACAAGACAAGUUUUACGACGUGUCCUACGACACGGGAGACAAAAGCGUACAGUGCGGGAGGAAAGUGGAUGCCUUCAAGUUCUGGCUCAUGUGGAAGGCCAGGGGGGAUGUCGGACUCGAAUGGAGGAUCGACAACGCCUUCCAAUGCGCCAGAUACGUGACAGAGAAGCUGCAGUCUCGAGAGGGAUUCCGACUGGUCCUGCCGGAAUUCGAAUGCACUAACGUCUGCUUCUGGUACAUUCCCCCUGCCUUUAGGGGCAAGACUGAAGACGAGGACUGGUGGGAAAAACUCGAAAAGGUUGCGCCAACGAUCAAGGAGCGGAUGACACUGAAAGGGAGUCUGAUGAUCGGCUAUCAGCCGCUGGCGCAUCGAGGAUGGAAGAACUUCUUCCGCCUCGUCAUCACCUGCAAUGCAAUGGAACUGGAGCUGGGCGGAGAGGGCGUCGGAAGAUCGGAACUGCUCCGCCUGUGUCAAGAGACGGUCAAGCGGAGCGUGAAGACCUGCUCUCCCUACUUCCGCAAUCAGCUCUUCGGGGGAGUGGACGAGGUCGGACUCGCCGGGAGCUGGCUCACCGAGGCUCUCAACACAAACCAAUACACGUUCGAGGUGGCGCCAUUCUUCACGGUGGUGGAAAACGCAGUCCUGAAGCGAGUCCAUCGACUCCUUGGAUUCUCUCAAGGUGAUGGCAUCUUUCCUCCAGGUGGAAGCAUGUCGAACAUGUACGGGAUGGUGUUGGCCCGAUACAAGAAGUUUCCCCAGGUGAAAUCCAAGGGUGUUUCUUCCCUGCCCCCGCUCGUCGUCUUCACUUCCACUGACAGCGAUUAUUCGAUCCUGAAGGCGGCUCACUGGCUGGGACUGGGGACGGAGAACGUGGUGAAGGUGAAGACGGACCCUAAGGGUCGGAUGCUACCCGAAGCCCUGGAAGAAUCCAUAUUGGCGACGGAGAAGGAAGGCCGGGUCGCGUUUUUCGUCAAUGCCACCGCCGGAACCACCGUGUUGGGUGCCUUCGAUCCGCUUCGCCCCAUCGCUCGCAUCUGCAAGAAAUAUGGACUCUGGCUCCAUGUCGAUCGUUUUGUUGUCCCGUUCCCAUCGACAUCUUCUGGACGGCGUGGAAAGCUUUGCUUGGAACCCCCACAAGAUGAUGGGUGCCCCUCUUCAAUGCUCUCUUUUCCUCCUAAAGGAACAGGUGCUAAGGCUCCAGCACAGAAGUAUCUGUCACUAGGUAUCAUUAAAAUAUUGCUUCUUCUUCACACAGUUUCUCUGCAGGGUCUAUUGCAUGAAUGCAACUCGGCGUCGGCGACGUAUCUGUUCCAACAAGACAAGUUUUACGACGUGUCCUACGACACGGGAGACAAAAGCGUGCAGUGCGGGAGGAAAGUGGAUGCCUUCAAGUUCUGGCUCAUGUGGAAGGCCAGGGGGGAUGUCGGACUCGAAUGGAGGAUCAACAACGCCUUCCACUGCGCCAGAUACGUGACUGAGAAGCUACGGUCUCGAGAGGGAUUUCGGCUGGUCCUGCCGGAAUUCGAAUGCACUAACGUCUGCUUCUGGUACAUUCCGCCUGCCUUGAGGGGCAAGAAUGAAGACGAGGCCUGGUGGGAAAAGCUAGAAAAGGUCGCCGUGGCGCCAGCGAUCAAGGAACGAAUGAUGCUAAAGGGAAGCUUGAUGAUCAGCUAUCAGCCGCUGGCACAUCGAGGAUGGAAGAAUUUCUUCCGACUCGUCAUCACCUGUGUCCCCCCGCUCUCCACCAUUGACAUGGACUACAUCCUCGACGAGAUCCACAUUCUGGGAAGUGAUCUCAAACCCUGA